AUGCUCAUUGCUAUACUCGAAGCCCUGACAAUCCCAAAGCCCCUGAACCUUAAACGCGAAGCCCGGCUCAAGGAUUUCGGAUUGCUGCGGGACCUUAUUGACCUCUUCGACGCCAUCGACUCGACACGGACGCACUCGGUGCCGGUGGAAGCUGUGGAGCAGUUCCUGUCAGGUGAGAUCAUUACCCAGGGCGAGACGGCCCGACUCCGGCAGCGACGGCAAGCGCGGACCGAUCUGCGUAGUGUCACCCACGCGGCCUGCUUUGCGCAUAACCCCCGGGUGGCCCUGAUCCUCAACCGAAUGCUGGAGGACCGAGCCGAAUGGCAAGUGGCUCUCCCAAGCCACGAUCCAAGGGGCAAGAGGCAUACCAUGGCGAGCCAUGCGUGGAGAGCGCUGGAGCUCAAGAUGGACACACUGGCUGCUACUCUCGAUGAAGAGCUCCACGCUUUGGCACAUGGCGAUGAGCACCUCCUGAGCGAGAGCAUUGAGGCGGCCUGCAACCCCUGGCAUCAUGAUGACUACGUGGAGCGCGUAGAGACGGAGGAAGGCACCAGGGCCCUUUAUUUCAAAUGCGAUCUCGACAAGGGCGGCACCUGCCAAGAGUAUACGGGCUAUGUGAAGAAGCCGGGUUUCUGCCACAACUUGAAGCAGAUGUUGGUGUGCAGACAGGGUGACUACGGCACUGCCUUCAGAGAGUGGGGCGUGCUCCAGCUCUAUGUUGCCGUGAUCGUUGCCAUCAUCGUGGCAGUCGUCGAUGUGAUCGGUGGGUACGUCAACGUCGUGAACGUUACGGUCAACCUGAUUUUGCAGAUCUGCGCAGCAUAUCUCUUCGCCCACCUUGGAUGGUUCGGCGUGGUCAAGAAGGACGGCUGCUUCUGCUGCAUCAUCGCCUGCUGUGAAUGUCCGCCGAUCCUCCUGUUCUGGGGUAUCUUGAUGAUUCUCUGGGGCAUCGGCUCUUUCAGCGUGGCCUUCCAGGGCAUCGGCGAAUGUGCGAUCUGCAUCAUCAAGCCGAUUGUUCAGUUCAUCCAUGCCGUCAUCCUGUUCUACAUGGGAUGGUGCUGCGUGAACCUUUGGAUCCAGCAUGGGAAGGAGAUUCUUCCCCCGGAGGUCGAUGUGACGGGCCCGCAAGGGGAACAGAUCGGCGCAGCAAAGGCUUGA